AUGAGUUUGAGCAAUGAGAAGAAUCAGUCUUCAUUACCAACUAGUAAUGGUAAUGGAAUAGCUAUUGAUGCUGCUGAGAAUGAGAAUGAGAAUUCAAAGAAACCCUUUAAGAUCUUUGUAGGUUAUGAUCCACGUGAAGACAUUGCAUUUCAGGUAUGUCGUCAUUCAAUCAUCAAAAGGUCUUCCAUUCCUGUUGAGAUCAUACCAAUUAAGCAAUCAGAUCUGAGAAAAACUGGUCUUUAUUGGCGUGAAAGAGGUCAAUUUGAGAGCACUGAGUUCUCUUUUACAAGAUUCUUAACACCUUAUUUAGCUAAUUAUCAAGGUUGGGCUUUGUUUGUGGAUUGUGAUUUUCUCUAUUUAGCUGAUUUUAAGGAAUUGGUAGAUUUGAUUCAAGAUAAAUAUGCUAUUAUGUGUGUUCAACAUGAUUAUGCUCCAAAAGAGACAACAAAAAUGGAUGGUGCUGUUCAAACUGUUUACCCAAGAAAGAAUUGGUCUUCAAUGGUUUUGUAUAACUGUGGUCAUCCUAAGAACAAGAUUCUUACUCCUGAUACUGUCAAUUCUCAGACUGGUGCUUACCUUCAUAGGUUUCAAUGGCUUGAGGAUGAUGAAAUUGGUUCUAUACCUUUUGUUUGGAAUUUUCUUGAAGGGCAUAAUAGGGUUGUUGAAAAUGAUUCCGCUACUUUACCUAAGGCCAUUCAUUAUACUCGUGGAGGGCCGUGGUUUGAGGCUUGGAAGAAUUGCGAAUUUGCUGAUCUAUGGCUUAAUGAGAUGGAAGAGUACCUGAAACAAGCCAAAAAAGAAUCUGCAUGA